GUUUAAUAAUUUUGUAAAGACGAGGGGACAAUGCCGCUGGGAUUGAUAUUAGGGAUAGGAAGGGCGUUUCGAAGGAAGCGAACCUCAUCGCUCAAUAUUCUCUCCUCGAAAAGAGCUCCAAGAGAUUACUACAAGGGAAAAAAUUGCAAGCCUACUGGUUUCCACACUCGCAAAGGAGGAUAUGUUGUGAUGCAGGAGAAGUUGCCAAACUAUGUGGUUCCUGAUUUGACUGACUUCAAGCUCAAACCUUAUGUAUCCCAGUGCCCAACAGAAGUCAAAACUGCUGAGGCUGCCGAAUCAGCUAAAUAAUCAGAUGGAGUGAGUAUAGUUGUUUGAUCUUGUCUUUCAUUAUCUUACUGCAGCCAUGUUAAAUUACAGCAUUUGCUUGUGGUGCCAACUGCCUAGUUUUGGCGGUUCUUUAUUUUGAGUCUAGGUUCUAAAACUGUUAACAAUUGCCUGUAAGUUGAGGUCGGAUUGCUUAAAAAAUGUAUGACAUUUCUAUGUGAUAUGGUCAAUACCCAUCAAUAGGGAAAUCUGGACAGAUAAGCAAUAAGAUUAUACUGCUGUCUUUGACAGUU